AUGCCCAGCAAAACCAAAACUCCAGAACCCCUAUUUAUCCCACAAAACCCCCACUCACCCAACUCGACUCUCCUCGUGCUCAUCUACCGCAACGUCCUCGAGGACUCGCAUCGAACACCCUCCGGCGUCCUCUCCGCCAUCGACACAACCGCCUGGAUAAAAGAUGGCCAAUGGAAGAUCGACAGCGAAGCAGACGCCGCGACCCCGCACUAUCACAGCAUGACUCACGAGACGUACGCCGUGUUACGAAGGAGGGGGAAGUCGGCGCUAGAUGGGGAACCCGUCGGGAACGAGUUCAACUCUCCCGAUUAG